AUGAUUAAAGCUUACAAGUACAUAUCGCAGAAGACGAAAGACUCCAAGUCCCCAACAUCAAAGCCGCCUUGUGCACAUCGCUCGCAAUGGUACCAACUAGAAUCGACCAACCGCGAAGACUCUGAGUCUUUGGGAAGGCCUAGGUCUGGCUCCACAAAAGAAUUGAGUCCUGCUACAGACACCGAGAAAUGCAGCCUGUGCAAGGAGCAAAAGCAUAAUGCGCGAGUGUACCGCGUCAAGCUCAUUGCUGGCCUCACGCUGCCGUUUACUCUCUCCACACUGGACUUGACCAUUGUUGCUACUGCGACGUCGACUAUCGCAUCUCACUUUAACCAGUUUGACGAGCUGAACUGGAUCAUUACCGCCUUUAGUCUCACAUCAACCACCUUCAUUCCCAUAUUCGGUCAGCUUGCUGAUGUUUUCGGGCGUCAUAUUAUACUACAGACGGCAUUGUUUCUCAUGCUUAUUGGAAGUGUCUUGUGUGCAGCUGCGCAGACAUGGGGCAUGCUGCUGCUGGGUAGGGCUUUGCAGGGUAUAGGCUCUGCAGGUCUGAACAAUAUCAUCAUGAUUGUUCUGGCCGACAAGGUGUCCUUGAAGGAGAAUGCAAGGAACAAGUCUCUAUUCACCAUAUUUGGAGGAGUGGGAUAUGCCGUGGGCCCGGUUAUCGGAGGCAAUUGGCGAUAUUGCUUCGUUGUGCCUAUUCCUAUCGCUGUCCUCAGCCACAUCAUGAUUUUCGUGCUGUUGCGGAACGACCUUGUCGAAGGUACCAUGUUCAAAAAGGGCUCAAGAUGGUCCUCGAUACUCCCAGCACUUGCUACCAUAGAUCUCGGAGGAUCGGUCCUUUUCAUAUUCGGUGUUGGCCUUAUCAUCCUGGCCACUACAUGGGGUGGCGCCACUUAUUCCUGGUCGUCUCCUCAGGUGCUGGCGCCAUUGAUCAUCGGUGCAAUCUGCUUCAUUGCAUUCUUCGUGUACGAGUACCUCCUUGAGCCAGGUAAAUUGUUCGCACGCAUCUUCCCGAAACACGUGGCGAUGGUUCCAUACAGCCUAUUCGAACGAAGGGACACAAUCUGGCUUGCUAUAGUGAACUUUUCCACUGGCGUAGCUUCCUAUUCCAUCUUUUACUUUGUCAGUAUCUACUACAUCUUGGUAGCUGGCUACUCUGCCUCGAAGGCAGGCCUAGAUCUCUUAUACUACAUUCCCGGACUAGGAGCUGGUGUUUACCUAGCAAUCUACUUCUGCAACGGUUUUCCUCGCCAAACCUUCUUCCCCCUCCUCCUGGGAGCCGUGCUCAGCACCGUCGGUCUCUCCGUAGUGGCCUAUGCCAUCAGUGCACAAAAGACCAGCCUGCUAAGCGGAAUGGUAGUUAUCACCGGCGCAGGAGUCGGACUGCGCCUGAUGCCCUCAUCGCUCCACACGGUGGGCAUUUGGCCAGAGCGGAUAGCACCAGCCAUGUCCUUGAUGCAGGUUUCACUUCCCUUUGGGGGCACGCUCGGCUUGACCAUCAUGACCAGUGUAUUCAACAACAAGUUCGGCCGCUCCUCUGCCAUAACGGGCCUAGAGGGCACUGGCAGCUCGCUGAACGUCCACGAUACCAACUCAUUAGCAUUCCUCAACAAUCUGCCCGCAGCCGUGCAAGACAGCGUCCACAUGGCUGCUAAGGAUGCCAUUAUGUGGGCGUUCAUCUCGAUCAUCCCCAUAAUAGGAUUGAGUCUCGUAACGACCACAAUCAUGGGCAACGUCUGGGUGAACGUCCGAGCAAAGGAAGACGGAGAGCAUGCCGGAGGCACCAAUACCGAAGAUGGACGAAGCGAGGUCAUCCACAUUCCAUAUCUAUGGGCCCUAGCCAAGGUAACAUCGCCUCUUCCUUCCUUCCAUACCAGAGACGAUGCUAAUGAAUCAAACCCCACAGGGCACCAUCACCACCCACAAGCGCAUCAGCAAGCCCAUCUCAUCACCACCACCACCACUCCCCCUACACGACAACACCGCAUAGACACACUAGAUAGCAUAGACCCAUAGAAUUAUACAUACAUACAAACAUACACACAUCAAUAAUAGAUACACCUGACACCCACCCUACUCCCCAUUACCACGUACGUCUUCUUCCCCCAUCCCAUUUUCUUUUACUUCCCCUCAUACCCAUACCUCCUCCAAAGUAAGAAUCACC